UUGUCUAUAAGAAGGCCCGUGUUUCCAAUCAAUGCAUAAACUAUACAAACCCGCAUAGAGGAAAGAGAGAGACAGAGACAGAGAGAGAGAGAGAGGGAGAGAGAGAUGGGAGAGAGAGGGGCAUUUUGGUCUGGGAUGAAGAAGGUGAAGCCAUACUUGGCAAUGGUGUCGCUGCAGUUCGGGUAUGCCGGGAUGUACAUAAUCACCCUCGUCUCUCUCAACCACGGCAUGAGUCACUACAUUUUGGCCGUGUAUCGCCAUGUUGUCGCGACCCUACUGAUCGCCCCUUUUGCCUUUGUCCUCGAAAGGAAAAUAAGGCCGAAGCUGACCCUCCCAAUCUUUCUGAGGAUAAUGGUGCUUGGUUUCCUUGAGCCGGUGUUGGAUCAGAACUUAUACUACGUGGGGAUGAAGUCGACGUCUGCAACUUUCGCAUCAGCCACCGUUAAUGUCCUCCCCGCCGUCACAUUCAUCAUGGCACUCGCCUUCAGGUUAGAGAAGGUGAACGUGAAGAAGAUUCAGAGCCUAGCUAAAGUGAUCGGGACAGCGGUGACUGUUGCCGGAGCAAUGGUGAUGACGCUGUACAAAGGCCCCAUCAUCGACAUUAUACGGUCGGGUGGAACAAGCCACCACCACGCAGGUGGCAGCACCCCCAACGGGUCGGCUGACCAGCAUUGGGUCACCGGCACGCUCAUGCUCCUUGCCAGUUGCUGCGGUUGGUCCGGCUUCUUCAUAUUGCAGUCAUUUACGUUGAAGAAGUACCCAGCAGAGCUCUCACUGACAGCACUUAUAUGCUUGAUGGGAUCCGUGGAAGGCGCGGCAGUUUCGCUCGUGAUGGAGCGCGACAUGAGCGUCUGGCAAAUCAGCUGGGACUCUAGGCUGCUCGCCGCUGUUUAUUCCGGCGUGGUUUGCUCUGGAAUAGCAUAUUACGUGCAAGGAGUAGUGAUCAAGGAGCGAGGGCCGGUGUUCGUCACGUGUUUUAGCCCGCUCAGCAUGAUUAUCACCGCUGCUCUUGGCGCCAUCGUGUUAGCCGAGAAGAUUCACCUUGGAAGCAUCAUCGGGGCAAUUUUCAUCGUGGUCGGUCUUUACACCGUGGUGUGGGGUAAGAGCAAAGACCAUCAAACUGAGUCGACGCCAUUGAUGCUGGAUGAGAAAGUUCCGACCUCCGAACUGCCGAUCACUGAUGUUAGGUCAAGCAACGGAGAGCAUAAAGUCCAUAAGCAAGUUGAGAUACCGAGGAUUUCGGGAAACAAUCGUCUCCAAGACCAAGAGGACUCUUCAAAUACUACCGACACGCGAAUAUCUCAUGUCGGACAACAUUUGUCUGUACAACUCUCUCUCUCUCCCACAACAAGAUAGGAAUUUGAAUAUGUAGCAUUCAACACGAUCCUUUCUUUUUUGUGUUGAAGCCUGGCAUGUAUAACCAAUAAACUAAUGAAGAUGCUCUCUCGAUUUUAUGUGGAAUAAUGUUUUUGGAACC